AAUUAAAGAACACCCACUUAUAACGCUGGAGGUUUUACGUGUCCGCGCACGCCAGUCAAAUUUCUCUCGAAAUCACUUCCUCGCUGACUCACAGUUAAGCAAAUGCAUUGAAGCUAGUCUUCUUUUUAAAAUGUCACUUGCUUCACCAUUUCACGGGUUCACCUGAUUACAAACCAUAUUACUUUUAAUUUAUUCAAAAUUAUAUUUAUAAAUCUUCUUCAGAUUCCAAAGCUAUUACUUAAUCUGGUAUCAUCAAAUCUAGAUUUCCAUUUUUGAGUUUGUUUUGUUUUUUCAUAUGCCGUUUUCUUCCUCUUUUUUAUGGGCAGAUUGAGAUGAUUUUCUUGCUGCAUGCCGGAUUUUGUUGCUGGUUGGAUCAGAUGUAAGGUUUUAUAGUUCUUAUGCCUGGUUAACGCAGGCGUGAAUAGUGGCUUGGACUGAAGGAUGGAGUCAUGUGACUGCAUAUAUCCACUGUGGCAAGAUGAACUCCUAGUGAAAUACCAAUAUCUGUCUGACAUUUUCAUUGCCCUAGCAUAUUUCUCCAUCCCUUUGGAGCUCAUUUAUUUUGUGCAGAAGUCGGCAUUUUUCCCAUACAGAUGGGUGCUCAUGCAAUUUGGAGCUUUCAUUGUUCUUUGUGGGGCUACACAUCUUAUAAACUUAUGGACAUUCUCCAUGCACACAAAAACCGUUGCUAUAGUGAUGACCAUUGCAAAAAUCUCUACGGCUGCUAUCUCAUGUAUAACAGCUUUAAUGCUUGUUCACAUUAUCCCCGACUUAUUAAGUGUGAAAACUAGGGAAGUGUUCUUGAGGAAUAGGGCUGAGGAGCUUGACAGGGAGAUGGGUCUUAUCCUUACUCAAGAAGAAACCGGAAGGCACGUGAGAAUGUUAACUCAUGAGAUCAGAAGCACCCUUGACAGACACACCAUACUGAAAACUACCCUUCUUGAGUUGGGUCGGACGCUUGAUCUCGAAGAGUGCACAUUAUGGAUGCCUUCACAAACUGGCAUGACAAUGCGACUUUCUCACACUUUGAACCACUCAAUGGUUGUUGGAUCAACCGUUACGAUGAAUCUUUCUUUUGUUUCUGAAAUCUUCAACACUAACAGAGCAGUGAGAAUACCACAUACAUGUCCACUAGUGAAGGCUAGGCAAGUUGCAGGAAGAUACGGAUCACCUGAUGUUGUUGCUGUUCGGGUUCCUCUUUUACAUCAUUCUAAUUUUCUAAUUAAUGACUGGGCAGAUGUCCCAUCAGAAAGCUAUGCAGUGAUGGUUUUAGUUUCCCGAAGUGACGGUGUGAGGAAAUUUCGUGAUUAUGAACUCGAGCUAGUGGAAGUUGUUGCUGAUCAGGUGGCUGUUGCACUUUCUCAUGCUGCAAUUCUGGAAGAAUCUAUGAUAGCUCGUGAUCAACUUAUGGAACAGAAUUUUGCGUUAGAAAUGGCUCGUCGAGAGGCAGAGACAGCAAUUCGUGCUCGUAAUGAUUUUCUUGCAGUGAUGAACCAUGAGAUGAGAACACCCAUGCAUGCCAUAAUUGCUUUGUCAUCUAUUCUUUUGGGGACUGAAUUAACACCCGAGCAAAGAGUGAUAUUAGAGAUUAUACUCAAGAGUAGCAACUUGAUGUCUACAUUGAUCAGUGAUGUGCUCGAUCUUUCUAAGCUUGACGAUGGUAGCUUAGAAUUGGAGACUGCAACGUUUAAUCUUCACGAGGUUUUCAGAGAGGUGAUUCAUUUGAUAAAGCCUAUUGCAUCGAUAAAGAAGUUAUUGUUGACAUUCAAUUUAGCUCCAGAGGUGCCUGUUUGUGCCUUCGGUGAUGAAAAGCGUCUGAUGCAAACAAUCUUAAAUGUUGUCGGUAAUGCUAUAAAAUUCACCAAAGAAGGCUAUGUUUCAGUUACCGCAUCUGUUUCUCGACCAGAAUCUUUGAGAGAUUGGGGAACCGAGUUUUACCCUGUCUUGGGUGAGAGUCACUUCUACUUAAGAGUGCAGGUUAAAGAUUCGGGAUGUGGUAUCAACCCACAGGAUCUUCCGCAGCUUUUCAAUAAGUUCUCUCAGUACAACCGAAAUAGUAGUGGUGUUGGGCUAGGGCUUGCUAUUUGCAAACGAUUUGUAAAUCUCAUGGGUGGUCAAAUUUGGAUUGAUAGCGAGGGUCAACACAAGGGGACCGUAGCAACAUUUGUGGUUAAACUUGGAAUGUGCAAGAACCCAGGUGAUGCCUUAAUUCAACAGCUUGCUGAAGGGCAUGCAGAUCAAGGGAAUACCGAGUUUCUAAGCAAUAAGCAAAUGUUCAAAGACGGUGAUGGGAUCGAUUUUCCGUACUAUGAGAGGAAAUUUUGAAGAAUAAUCUAUGAUAUUACGAAAAGAACAUUGCCUUGCAGAUAUCCAUGAUCAAGCUAUUCACUAUGAUCACCUGAGGGGAAAGGAUGACCCGAAUUCUAAAAGGGUUUUGUGCGCACAUUGUACUUGGAAUAGCAUCACCUCAUUCGUACAAAAUGAUGAUAGGCAUUGUAAUAGCAAAUCCUUCCGUAUUGAUUUCAGAACUCCGGAAUAAUUGUAAUGCAUCUAUUUUAUGCUAGAACUCCAAGAACAAUUCUAGUGUGACCCUCGGCAAAAUUUGUUCACUUUCUUUCUCUAAGACGACAAAAUAUCAAAUAGGGAAAUGAAUUUUUAGU